AAUGAAGCUUGGGGAUAAAAGCGUGUAUGAAACAAAAAUCUUAAACCAGCAGUUAUUGCUUAGUUCAGUGGUGAUAGUAUUUCUUUACUUUAAUAUCUCUGAAUGCACUGCUGACAGGGUCAGCUGUUUUUCUCAUCAGCUCAGAAAAGAUGUUUGUUACUGUGAUUCUUGGAGAGGGAAGAGUGGAGAUAUUUAACCUAAACUGCAGGAUUGUAAACUUCGUCCAUUGUUUAAAAGAGAGGUGCAAUCUGGAUCCUCAAGGGGGUCUGGACCUGAUGAACAGGACUGGAGAAUUAAUGAACCUGACAGAAAGCGAGCACAGUACGGACCUUCUAAGCACUUUACUGAGAGACAGACAAAGCUACAUCUUAAUAUGUGUGUCACGCAUUGAGGGCAAUGAAGACCUUCAUUAUUCCACAAUACAUGAUGGUGACAUAGGGAACAGCAAUGCAGAGUUAGAAGAAAUCUUCAGAAAGCUGUCAAAUCCUUCAAAAAAGCAUACCAAAAAGGGUCCCCCAAAGAAAGGAUCUGUCAAUCAACUCAAGAAUAAAACUGGCACCACCUCCAUGAAGAGCAUCAUAUCAGCACCCAGCACCUGAAAAAACUCUACUUGAGACCAUGAUUAUACAGCUGAAGAACAAGAAAUUUGCUCAUCCGAGUUUGUUUCUCGUAGAACAAUAUCCAGCUUGUGUCGAUUAAAUGAACAUCUCAUGUGCCAAUUGGGUUUCACAAUAAAAGACAAGCACUGACUUUUACUUCUUUAAAUUAUUGAAGAUGUUAUUUACAUUUUUGAAUUAGUAAAACAGAAAGUGGUUGUAUAGGUGGUAAAUAAAUGGCCAUAUAGAUAAAAAGACAUUUUUGUGUUUAUGUGACAUGUAGCAUAACAUAUUUUACGUUCAUCAAAAUAUGUUUGUUGUGAUUGCAAUGAGCCUGUGGAGAUUUUAGUUCCUUAUUCUUAAUUAAAUACAAUAACAUGCUUAUACUGAUCCAAAAAAAAACUGUUCAAAUAUAAGGUUAAAUCAUU